UACGAAUUCUUUUUAGAAAUAAAAUAUUUUUUAAGGACGAUCGUGAAAGAUAAUAUUGUGCAUGCGAAUAAUGUAAAACAUUCAUAAAAAAUGGUAGCUUCCGUUUAGACUUUACUUGAUAAAUAUUGUGAGCAAAAUGUUGGAAUAUCACGUCAAACAGCAAGUAUGGAUAACAAUAAGAUUAUACAUAGGACAGAUGUUAGUAGGAUAUGGUCUAGGUUGGACUGCACCAAUUAUUCCAAAGUUUGAUGAUCCCAAAACAUCACCGUUGCCAAAUGAACUCACAGAAACGGAAACAUCUCUUAUCGGUUCUAUCCUAUAUGUGGGUACUAUACUGGGGCCUUAUCUAACGGGGUAUUUAUGCAACGCAAUCGGUCGCAAGCCUUGCUUUAUACUAGCAGGGCUGAUCUCUCUUUUAUCUUUCCUACUUCUGGCAACCGCUAAUAACCUCGCUAUGAUAUAUGUUGGCAGAGUAUUCUGUGGACUUGGUACUGGAAUUAUAUUUAUUGUAAAUCUUGUUUACAUCGGGGAAAUAGCGUCGACCAAUAUUCGAGGUAUAUUGUUAACUAGCAAUGCAAUUUUCUCAACGUUCGGCACACUAAUCGUGUAUGCAGUAGGACCAUAUGUUUCAUAUGCGUGGGUAUCUUACAUUGCAGCGGCCAUUACAGCUGUGUAUUUACUUGGUGUUAUAUUUAUACCAGAAUCACCAACGUAUUUGAUUUUAAAAGACAGGAAAGAUGAUGCCGGGAUUGUAAUGGAAAAGUUGGGGAGAUCUAAAGAAUACCAUGUUUACCGAGAAAUGAAGAUAAUUGUUGAAAAGCAGAGCGUUUUGGAGGAUUGGAAGCAGCUAGUAACGGUCAAGAGUAACAGAAAAGCUUUAUUUAUUACAUUGACAUUGGGUAUUUUGCAACAAGGAAGCGGUAUCAUAGCAGUUACUUUCUUCGCCACUACAAUCUUUCAAUUGGCUGGUUCUUCCAUUGAACCGAACAUAGCUACAAUAAUUAUUGGUGUAACACAAAUAUUUUCUAGUACAUUAACACCUUUCUUCGUCGAAAGGACUGGAAGGAGAAUUUUGUUGAUUUACUCGACCGCAGUAUGCACUUUAAGUUUGGCGACUCUGGGUGUAUAUUUUUAUUUGGACUAUAUAAAUCAUCCAUCAGUUACCAAAAUGCAAUGGUUACCGUUAGUCACGUUAAUUAUAUUCUUCCUUUCUUAUGAUUUUGGUUUUGGAAUAAUUCCGGGAACAUUGAUUGGUGAAAUGUUCCAAUCGAACGUGAGGAGUACCGGAUCAACUGUUAGUGUCACCAUCGCUUGGCUUUUCGGCUUCGGCGUGGCGACCGUCUUCGGUUAUAUGAUAUCUGACCUCGGCAGUCAUGUCACAUUUUGGAUAUUCUCAAGCAUGUGCGCACUGGCUUGUCUGUUCGGAAUAUUCGUCGUGCCCGAAACAAAGGGAAAGACGUUGAUUGAAAUCCAAGAAAUGUUAAAUAAAUGAGUUUCUG